AUGUUUCCCUUUGCUUAUUUAAUCAGUUUCCUAAUCCAGGCUCUUAACUACUGUGAGAGCUGGAAGCAGCUUCCCAUAGUCUCUUAUCUUCCUCAGAGACAUCCGAAGACGGUAGGUACGAGCUCAAUUGAGUUGCAUCAUUCGAACCUCCUGACCCGUUGUUCUGAACUUGGCUCUGUGUGGUUCCUCCGUUGACGUUGACGGUUGGAAGAUUGUUGCUUCGCUCGCCUGCAGGCUGGGGAGUCUUUGGUUCAUCGGUGGGCAUGAUGCUAGGCGAACAGGCGUA